CCUAACAAAUAUGUCACCAUUCUUGUUGAAAAAAAAUUAUAUAUUACAAGUAAUCAAAUAUACAAAAAGAAAAAACGUUACGCAAGCUUUGAAACGAAUUAAAUAUUAGUUGUUCCCGUGAAUAUAGAAGUGGCUCCGUCCCAAAGUUCUGGCAACUUCCCAUCUGUACUGUCUCUAUAUAAUUACAUGUGACCACACAUGCACAUCCAAAACAUCACACAACAUACAUACAAAACUAGCUCAUAGUUUCUUUCUUCAAGAUGCAUUCAUUAAUCUGUAUGAUAUUCUUCACUUUCCUUACAAUCUCCUUGCUCUUCAAUGGCGCGAAAAUGGUCGAAUCAUCGAACCGAACAUUGUUGCAUUUGGAAAAUGUUUCUCAAAGGAGGAGGGAGCUUGUAGGGAUUAAAACCACCUUCAAAUUUCCUUCUCCAUUACCCAAUUGGCCUCCAGGUGGAGGUUUUGCUGGUGGGACCAUAGAUUUUGGAGGAUUACUUGUGAGUCAAGUAACAACAUUCAACAAGAUUUGGUCAGCUAAUGAGGGAGGGCCAGGCAAUGCCGGGGCAACAUUUUAUGAUGCGGUUUCCAUCCCCGAAGGGUUUUCGGUUUUAGGGUGUUAUAGUCAACCUAACAAUAUGCCUUUAUUUGGGCAUAUUCUUGUGGGCAAAGAUGUCACAAACAACCCUUCAAAUCCUACUCUCAAGUCACCAAUUGACUACACACUUGUUUGGAGUAGUGUGUCACUCAAUAUUAAGAAAAAUGGUGAUGGAUAUAUAUGGUUCCCGAACCCACCCGAUGGCUACGAGGCUGUCGGGUAUGUUGUUACAAGCUCGUCAGAGAAACCCGCUCUCAAUAGGGUCAGUUGUGUCAGGUCUGACUUAACAGACACUUUGGAGAGCGACGAAUGGGUAUGGGGACCGAGCAAAAGUUUAAAUGCUAGUGGGUUUAAUGUGUAUAGUUCUAGACCAACAAAUAGAGGUGUAGGAGCUAUGGGUGCAUCAAUAGGAGGUUUUGUGGUUCAAAAUGGGAAUGGAGGAAACACAUUAUUACUAUCUUGUUUGAAGAACUUGAAGGGCAGUUUGGUAAAUUCCAUGCCAAAUUUGAACCAAAUUGAGGCCCUAGUUCAAACUUAUUCUCCUAUGGUUUAUUUUCACCCUAGUGAACCAUACCUCCCUUCUUCAGUUGAUUGGUUCUUUCAAAAUGGUGCAUUGCUUUAUCACAAAGGGGAUGAGUCAAACCCUAGCCCUAUUGACCCUAAUGGUUCAAACCUCCCACAAGGUGGUUCAAAUGAUGACACAUAUUGGCUAGACCUUCCAAAAGAUGAUUCAAGUAAACAAAGGGUCAAGAAAGGUGACUUACAAGAUGCAAGUUCAUAUUUCCAUGUUAAACCCAUGUAUGGAGGGUUAUUUACCGAUAUUGCCAUUUGGUUAUUUUACCCUUUUAAUGGUGCAUCAAGAGCCAAAGUUGAGUUCAUCAACAUUUCAUUAGGAAAGAUAGGGGAACAUGUUGGUGAUUGGGAACAUGUCACGUUAAGGAUCAGUAACUUCAAUGGCGAGUUAAAUCGCGUGUUCUUCUCACAACAUAGUUGGGGAACAUGGGUGAGUGCUUCUAGUCUUGAGUAUGCAAAUGGCAAUAAGCCAGUGGUGUACUCAUCGCUAAACGCUCACUCAUCAUAUCCAAAACCCGGGUUAGUUUUGGUGGGUGGUCCUUCAGGGGCCAAUAUUGGACUUAGAGAUGACACGGCUAAAGGUGGUCAAGUGAUGGACACAGGAGUCAGGGCAGUGGUGGUCUCCGCAGAAUAUCUAGGGUCCGUGGUGGUCGAACCACCAUGGUUAAACUAUGAACGAAAAUGGGGUCCAAAAAUUGAUUAUGACCUUGAUAAAGAAAUUAACAAAGUGGAGAAGAUUAUGAUAGGGAAGUUGAAAAACGUUUUUGACAAGUUUGUGAAGAGUAUUCCUAGAGAAGUGUUGGGUGAAGAAGGGCCCACUGGGCCUAAAGUGAAGAACAGCUGGGCUGGAGAUGAGAUGGCGUAAACGGUUGAUCUUUGAUUACAAUUUUUUUUCUUCAUUC